AUGUUGGCAGUGCACGCAUCUCUGGUUGUGACACAGUUUUGCUUCGCGGGUUUUGAGAUUCUGGCGAGGAUAGCGCUCGUCGAUGGAGUCGACCAUCUUGUCUUUACGUUGUAUCGCAAUUUCCUGGCUUCCAUUCUUCUCCUUCCCCUUGCUUAUUUUGUGGAGAAGAAGAAAAGGCCAGCGCUAAACUUUAAGUUCGUUCUUCUCUCGCUUUGCUUGGGUACGGUGACGAUCAAUCAAAUGUGUUAUUUAAUUGGACUCCAGUACACAAACACUGUCAUCGCUUCAGCACUUCGGAAUUUAAUCCCAGUUCUUACAUUCGUGCUCGCAACAAUCUUAAGGGUCGACGAACUGGACGUGAAAAAACUGGAUGGAGUGGCCAAAAUCUUGGGAACACUCCUGGGACUCGUUGGAGCAGUGCUGCUCUCUUCACACCAUCCCACAGUCAGAGAAAUACUUCGCCACCAAUUUCUUCGAAGAAGAGGUGAUCUUGAGCUCCAAACAAGUGGAUGGGAGCUUGGCAUUGGCUGCCUCCUCCUGGCCUUCCUCUCCUUCGCGCUCUUCCUCGUUCUCCAAUCUCUCCUCCUCAAGAAAUACGCCGCUCCAUUCUCGAUUGGAGCAUUCUCGUGUUUGUUCAGCACGCUCCAGUUGGGAAUCAUCUCGGCCAGCUUUGGCCAGGCCUCGAAGAUCUGGAGCUUCUGGACGACAAGCCAGCCUCGAGUGAUCCUCAGCGUUUUAUAUGCAGGAUUGAUUGGAUCUGGAUUUGUAUCCGGAGUCCAAUCUUGGGGAGUUCAUAAAGGAGGACCCGUGCUCGUCGCUGCUUAUCAGCCACUGGAGACUGUUCUAGUCACACUUUUCUACGUUUUCUUCGGUGGACAGGCACUAGAUCCUCUCAGUAUGGGUGGAAUCCUCCUUGUGUUUGCUGGGCUCUAUCUUUUAGCAUGGGCUCAAAGACACCAAAGGCAACGCAAGCUUUUACUGGAUCAAUCGAUCCGAGAACCACUUCUAGACAACGUAGUGAUCGUAGAAUAGUAGUAUCUAUGAUUCAUG